UGUGAAAGUUUCGCCUGACGAUGACUCGGUGUUUUAAAUCUGCGCAGUAGAUAUAUUAAUAAGUGUCACAGAAAUUUAUUGUAGUAAUUAGUGCAUUCAAUUCAAACGAAAGUCAUUGCUAACUUUACGGAGGUGUAUCUUAAUGGUUUAAGUUUCAUUAGAGGUGAUAAUCUGUUAUAAUGUUUUCAACAGGACCAAAUUACUCAAAAUUGAAAACAAAUCUACGUCUUGCAAUAAAUCGUUUAAAGUUACUCGAGAAGAAGAAGACGGAACUAGCUCAGAAAGCACGGAAAGAGAUUGCUGAUUAUAUAUCCAGUGGAAAAUAUGAAAGGGCGAAAAUUCGUGUCGAACAUAUUAUUCGAGAAGACUACCUAGUUGAAGCUAUGGAAGUGGUAGAAAUGUAUUGCGACUUGCUUUUAGCUAGAUUCGGACUAAUACAACAGAUGAAGUCACUUGAUGAAGGAUUGGCUGAGGCAAUCUCUAGCCUUCUGUGGGUGACACCUCGACUCCAGACUGAUGUAGCUGAGCUGAAGACUAUCUCGGACCUGUUGACUUCAAAGUAUGGAAAACCUUAUGCUCAGGCUGCAUGUGAGAAUGCAUUAAACACAGUUAAUGAGAAACUUGUUCACAAACUCAGUGUUCAAGCUCCUUCCAGAUUACUUGUGGAGAAGUAUUUAAUAGAAAUUGCCAAGAGUCAUGAUGUACCUUAUGAACCUGAUAUUGAUGUCAUGAAGGAGGAAGAAGCAAUGGCUGAAGAAGCAUCCCAUAGCAACUUGAUACAUUUUGAUAGUGAUAGCAGUGGUCCUAAUUAUCCUCCAGGAGGAGGAGGGAUGGGUGGUGGAGGAAUGAACUAUCCUCCCAUGCAGUACCCAGCCAACCAUCCAGCACCUCAGCCUUUCCAAUACCCACCAACACAAAUGAAAAACCCCAAUGCAGCCCCACCACUGCCAAAUGUCCCUCCAAGUAGACCAUAUCCUUCUUUAAAUACACCAAUUGGCUUCAACUUGCCCCCCAACAUUGAUUUCAGUCCUGCUCCUCCAUAUGACAGUGUUGUUAGCAGUAAGCCUGAAAAAGUAAAGAAUCAGAAGGAUUUUGAACAAGUUAAACCUGAGCUUGCACCAAGGACAAAAUUUCCGGUUGACACAUUACCUGAACUGCCUUCUGUCCCAACAGAUAGCCUUCCGAACUUCGAUGCUUCACCUAAUGCAAAGGCUGGGAAUGAUUCUGUGGAUUUUGAUGAUCUAGCCAAGCGCUUUGAUGAACUUAAAAAGCGCAAGUAAUAGAUAAACAAAAGUUAAUCUAUGUUUUGUUCUGUUGAUCCUACUUUUAUAUUUUUCUUCAGUAUUCUAAGAAACUUCUAUACACCUAAUACCUAGUUUUAUACAGACUGGGAAAAUGAUAGAUAAAAGAGCUUUGCUUUUAAUUGUUUUUAUCGUGGCUGAAAAUUCUAGUUUUUCAGUAGGUCUUGCUACCAAGAUGUUUAAAUUUCAUGCUUAUUUGUACCUAUUAUUGUUUGUAAAAGAGUAGUUUAAAUUAUUAUACCAAAUCACAUAUUGCUAGAUUUGUUUAUAAUUUGAUUAACUUUAGUUUUAAGUUGUUUUUAACUUAAUUAUUUAGAAUAUCUGUAAAUGUAGUUAUUGAAAUCAUAAAGUUUAUCAUUAGCAAAAAAAGUUUCUUAAAUGUGAAAUGCAUUAAACUUAAUAAGCAUAAAGGUAGAUUGUGAAUUUUUAAGACAGGAUUGUGUGACACUGAAGAAGAUCGAUACAAAUAUCUGUUUGGUGUACAGGUAAAAAUCUGUGAUUUUAUAUAAAAUUGUUAAUAUCUGGAUGCAUUAUUGUAUUGCGUUUUCUGUUGAAAUUAAUAACAUCCAUGUAUUAAAGAUUUCUUGUAAUUAAAAUUAUGUUGUAAAGAGAAAAUAAAAUGGCUGAUCGUGGGAUCGCGUGGUUGCUUACAAA